AUAUUAAAUUUUAUUUCAGUUGGGUUUUAUAUUUUCAGAGAUUUGUUUGUUAGCGGCACCUAUAAAAUGUUCACGAAAUAUUUACCAAUUUUUCUUUUAACUUUAUUUGCGAGUUUUUCCUUUCAAGAAAGUAGGAAACUUACCGUUGAUACCAUUGUCGACCGGUGCAAGGUUUUGGAGGAUGAGUUAUUUCAGUUGGCGAAGAUAGAAAACGUAAACGCAGCUAUUAGAGAAGAAACAUUUAAGAAAUGCAAAUUAUAUGUAGAUCAUUUUCUUGAUUUUGGUAAAAAAAGUAAUAAUUUUGACGAAUUACUUAAAGCCUACACAACUUUGGAAGAAGAGUAUGCAGCAUUUUAUACAGACCCGGAAGCUGUGGCGAAGGUGCGGGAAUUAUAUGAAGAGGAUCUUAAAGAACUGAAUGCCAAAGAAGCGAAGAAGACCAAAUAAUAAGUCAAAAAAUUUCACAAUUUAUGUUAAAGAUUUUGUCAAAAAACUUUCACAAUAAAAAAAUAAAUUUUUUAAAAAUA